GAGAAUUUAGGGUUUUUUUCUUUCCAUCGUCCGAAUUCGGAAUCACCAAAGCAAACGAGAGCAGAGAAUCAGAGCCGAACCGAUAGGAAGAAGAUGAUCGAAGUUGUGUUGAACGAUCGACUGGGGAAGAAGGUGCGAGUGAAGUGCAACGAGGAUGAUACGAUCGGUGACCUGAAGAAGCUGGUGGCGGCGCAGACCGGAACUCGAGCCGACAAGAUCAGGAUUCAGAAGUGGUACAACAUCUACAAGGAUCACAUCACUCUCAAGGACUACGAGAUCCACGAUGGCAUGGGUCUUGAGCUCUACUACAACUAAAAGCUUCGCAUCUCUUCGUCGUCUAUCUAAUGUUAAAUAACGAACCAGAGCCAUGAGAGGGGCGGUUGCUACAAGAGGAAGAGGUAAUGCUGCAUUUAUCCGUUUUCUGUAUAAUGAAAUAUACUCACUGAAGAUGAUUGUGAAUAAUCAACUGGACAUGUUUGAUUCCCGUUGUUAAUCACAUGUUUCUCUCUCGCUCGCAAUCGCAUCCAUAUUGCGGUCAUGAGUGGUUUGUCGUUAGAUGAUGUGAAAUAGCAAAAUCGUUCGUUA